AUGAGGACUCUUCUUGAACGAUGGACUAAUGAAAAGUUACUGAAAGCAAAGGGUACAUUCACAUACCUUGGAUUUAAAUUCAGCAAAGAGUUGGAGGACAACAGAACAUUGUCGCAGAAGCUUCAAGUGAGGGCUUCAACAAAUUACAUCCAUACAGUGCUGGAUGGUGUGAGGCGCUAUAUUGUUUGUCUUGAAAACAAGAGAUGUAGUUGUGGAGAAUUCCAGCUUGAUGUACUUCCUUGUCCACAUGCUUUGGCUGCUUUAAGGCAUAGGGAUGAGUCUUAUGAAAAAUAUUGUUCUCCUUAUUACACGAGGGAGAGCCUCUUGCAUACUUAUGAAAUACCAGUAGACCCGCUGCCUGAUGAAAGCAAAUGGAAUGUGCCACAACAUAUAGCUGAAGAAGUUGUAAAUCCACCUACCGGGAAAAGAUAG